AAACCAGAAUCGAGAUAUCGAUGUGUAGAUCUGGCAUCGGCGAUUAAUUGGGGAAUCGAUCGCAACACUAUUAUAAAAAUACUAUUUCGAUUAUUCAACGGUUUUACGUCUGUGAAUAUUUAGUGGACUGUGUGAACUAUCAAAAUGUGUCCUGGAGACAGAAUUCGUUUUGUGGGACAGUGAAAUUAUCUCAUUGUAGUGUACAAGUGCACGUAGGGGACUGGAUUCAUUUCUCGUGCGUGGUAUCACUGACAUGUGAUACCACAAUACAGCUACCACGACGGAAAAAGACGGCAAAUACAAAAAGCGAACGAAAAGAAAACGAAUUUCCGAUAUGAGGGUUGAUCUACGUAGUUUUAAGUGUGCAACUGCACUUCGUGCUGGCCUCAAAGCGGCAAUGUACGAGAGUAGCUGCUCCUACGCAGGAGCAUUGGAAUUGAAAAGAAGCGCUCUGAAAGAAGAACCAUGGCCAGCAACAGAAUGGCCUCCUUACCGGUUACAUCAGUCCACUUUCGAGCAACUGAAACAAAGUGUGGAAAAGGCCAAAGCGGCCUUGCAAGACAGAUCAGGUCUAUUAGGAACGGCAACUGCCUUCGGUGACUUCUAUGGAGGUCAGCUGGGGCAGGAUGCCACCAGCUCCACGCUGGGCUUCGGCCGUACGGCGCGGACUGAAGACUCGAUGCUUGGCACUAUGGAGAAGAGUAAAACUAUCGGUCCAGACAAGCUAUCUGGAGGCAUCGGUAAAGCCUACUCGACACCUACCCUGUCAGACACGCUACGGGCAACGAAAUGUUCAGAUGCUUCAUACAAGAGUACUUGGUCUACGCAUGCCACAUCACAGGGUUCACAAGGCUAUGGCACUAACUCGUUAUCGGCUAUGUCGAAGUCGACGCUCGACGCGCACACACAUUUACGUCAACCAGAUCCAUAUCAAAUGUUUGGACCUACAAGCAGUCGGCUAGCAAACUCAGGCUCAGGACAAAUUCAGCUCUGGCAGUUUCUUCUGGAGCUGCUAAGUGACUCGAGCAACGCUGGCUGCAUCACAUGGGAGGGGACUAAUGGAGAGUUCAAGCUCACGGACCCUGACGAGGUGGCGCGUCGGUGGGGGGAGAGGAAGUCGAAGCCAAACAUGAAUUACGACAAGCUGAGCCGAGCUCUGAGAUAUUACUACGACAAAAACAUAAUGACAAAGGUUCAUGGCAAGAGGUACGCCUACAAAUUCGAUUUCCAAGGCUUGGCGGCGGCCACGCAGCCGGCGGCGAGUGAUCCAGCUUAUAAGUACCAGAGUGAUCUGUUCAUGAGCUCAUACCACCACUCGGCUAAGCUCUCGUCAUUCAUGGCUCCACACGCGGCUAUGCCUACAUCCACAGCGUCGAUAUUCCCAUCUGCGUCAUGGGGUAACUGGGGCGGUGGGGGCAGUAAUCUAUACUCACCACACUCUAUGGCCCCACCUCAUGUGACGUCACACCUCGGCUCCUACCCGCACUACGCAUGACCAAGAUAAAGAAAAACGACGACAAUCGACAAUGAUUUGCAAUUUUAAUU